AUGGUCAUUAGCGUUGCAUACGAGGGUCUCAUGACCAUCUGCAUUCCGCAAAGCCUGCCCACUAAGCAUGACUGGCCACCACCUGGAAAGCUCCAGCUUCCGCGACCGCUUCGCUCCAAGUGGAGGCGAUGGUGCCAGGGGCUUGAUGGUCUCCGAAUCCUCAGUCCUCAAGCAGAGCGUCAUCAACAUGUCGCAUAG